CUGUUUCGCAUCAUUCCGCUACACCCGAACAGUAUACUACAAUCUCUUUGCAAUUUAUAAAUGACUUGUGAUUGGUCAUAAUCUUAUGUCUGAAGUUCAUCAACAUUACGUCUCCAACGAACAGUCACCGAUCGGCCAAACAUGGCGCCUGUCUCCAUGGCAACAGCUGCCAUGUCUUCAUCUACCGUAGAUCUCGCUAACGUGAGUGAGAUCACGGAAUAUUCUGGAGAACCAAAGUGCAAUAUUUCAGUUGUGCCGAUUUCCCCUGUUCUUGAAGAUCCCGAUCAGGGAUGGUUCUGGGUCAAUCUGAUACUCUUCACCAUCUUCACCUUUGGUUCUGGUCUGUACUCGGCUCUGACGACAAGUUUCUUUUCCCAGGACCUCACCAGGCUUGAGGUAUGUCUUCGUCAGGGCACCCGAAGUGAAAAGGUCAACGCCUCCCGGGUCAUGAGGCUUCUGAAGUACCCCAAUUUACUGAUCGUUACGCUCAACAUGGGUAACGUAGCCGCCAUUGUAUGCCAGCCAAUCGUCUUAGCCUACAUUAUUAGCCCGAUACUGUCCGUUCUUGUUUCAGCAAUAACUGUUUUCAUCUUCAAUAAGUUAUUACCUCAACUAGUUGGUGAUCGACAUGGAUUGGUUCUUGCAGCAAAUAUGGCAUGGUUCGUUUAUAUAUCAAUUGCAGUGUUUUUCAUCAUAGCCUGGCCUGUCGCCAUGCUGCUAUCAGUGUUAAUCGUGAAAAGGAAAGAUAGAUUCUACGAGAGAGCAGAACUCAAGGCCCUGAUAGAGCUCCAGAUGACAUCACCAGACGCUGCAGCUGAACAGCAUACACUGACAUAUGACGAGGUUCACAUUAUCAAGGGAGCAUUGGAUGCUGAGAGCAAGGUUGCCAUGGACGCCAUGAUACCACUGGAUAACGUUAGCAUGUUGGACUAUGAUGGUGUCUUUGACAGGAAGACUAUGCAGUUGCUUGCUACACAGAAAUUCUCGCACGUUCCAGUCUACAAGAACCACCGUAAAAACGUCCAAGGCGAGUUUGUGAUCAAGGAACUAAUUCUCCUCGACCCCGAAGACCAAGAGCUAAUCUCUACGUCGUUCAACAGAUUCGGGCGUUCUCUCCAUUUUAUUCCGUCAAGUAGACCUCUAUAUGAUAUAUUCGAUGACAUGAGCCUUGGGCGUUACCGAAUAGCUGCCGUGCUUGAUGAUGACACAGAGGUUGUCAUCGGAUUUCUAACGCUACAGAACGUCUUAGAUGUGAUUCUUGGUCAAUCUCGAGCCCUUAGCCGUCGGGACUCGGCUGGUACGAUGAAGAUGGUCCAGUCUGGAUUACAAAUUGCCAUGGAACGCCGGAGAUCCCUUCAUGCUAGCAACACCCUUGUUUCUGAAGGAAAUCAUCGACCUACCGAAAAUACCCCUUUGAUCAAAGAAGUUCCAUGAUCAAAAUGAUUUCCGAGAGUUAAACUAACGUGGAUGAGAUGGCACCAAUUAGAGAUGAAGUGAAUGUCGAUCUAUACAGUCUAAGAAUACGGACCUCAUGCAUGUACACCCAAAACGAAAUUCUAGAUUAGCCAAAUCUAUAAUAAUAAUCUUACGAUAAAAGAAUAAGAGCAACAGAAUAAGACAUAUAUAAAUUAGUAGAAGUCAAGAUAGAUAUUGUAGGAUCCCUAGUUGCCACGUUGGUGUUGAAGGUGUAAGUUUUAUCAUCAUUAUUAUUAUUAUGAUUAUCAGUAGUAGUAGUAGUCGUAUUAGUAGUAGUAGUAGUAC